GGGACAAUUUUAUUUAUGCGAGUGUCAACAUUUGAAACUAAAAUAUUAUAAAGUGGUUUUGAGUAAUUUUCAAAGGUAAUGUUUGACUACUAGCGCCACCAUUAAUAAUUUUGUAUAUUUGUAAAAGGCAGAAACAUGUGGCAAGCUGUUGAGUGAAGCUUUAGCGAGUGAAGUGAUUUUGGGAGUUGUUGACAUACAUAAGUUAUUAACUAUACUGUUAAUAAAAUACGUACUUAAUAGUUUUAAAGUAAAUUAUAUAUUAUCUAGGUAUUCAAUAAUGACGACGGAAGAUCUGUCAUUCUAUGGCAGUGAUCCAGGAGCUGUGAAAUAUGGGAAUUUUAUAAACUACUAUUCAUUUCAUAGUGCCAAACAGAGGAUAGACAAUCUCCAUCCACAGAUGUUCCCUCGGACUACUGAGACUUCAAUACUAUGCCUGGAUAUUGGAUGUAACACUGGAGAACUUACCACUGAACUACAUUCCUAUCUAAAAACCAUAUACUCAAAUGUAGACAUACACAUGCUGGCUAUAGACAUCGAUCCAACCUUAAUAAAUAGAGCUCAAGAGACCAACACCAAUUCUGAUAUCUCUUUUCAAGCAAUAAAUAUCAUGGAAGAAACUGAUUGUGAUGUAAUUCAUAAGUAUUUGAAAUCUCAUGAAAGAAAAUCAUUCGAUGUAACAUUCUGCUUCUCAGUAACAAUGUGGAUUCAUUUAAACAAUGGUGAUGAUGGCUUGAAACAAUUUCUACAAUUUAUAAAAGAUAUUUCUAAAACAAUCAUCAUGGAGCCACAACCAUGGCACUGCUACAGAAAUGCUCAAAGAAGAGUCAAGAAAUCUGGCAACAGUUUUCCUUUAUAUGAACAACUAGAAAUAAGGAGUGAUGUUGAUAUUGUAAUAGAAAACAUUUUAACACAGAAUUCUCAUAGAAAAAAUUAUGAAUCAUCUGCAUCUUCUUGGAAAAGAAAAGUUCAAAGUUACCAGUGCUCAUAACAAAUAAUUUGUUAAAGAGAAUACUAUAUUUUUUGUGAUAAUAAUUUAUUGUAUACAUAAUUAAUGUAAUAUCAUAA